CUGGAGAUCACUGGACAUCAGUCAACCCAUCAUGGAGACGUCGACUUACUUUCAAACUCUUCCUCUCCGGAUCCCACCCGCUCGAUACAAACAAGUCCUCAGUAAUUUGAUAGAACGCGCCCCCGUCUUCCACUAUGAGGUCACAGAAUGCUGCGUAUCCAGGCGUUAUCGCACCAGUGUCACCUGUCUGCUCAGCACAACGCAUUGGCGGGGGAUCUCCGUCAGGCUUGCCUCCAAGCAACAGCUCGGAAUCCUCAAGUUUUGUUCUCUUCGACCAGGCAUUUCGUGGUUGUUCUUCAACUCGGCGUCGCUUUCGUGUUGGAGUCCGGGAAUCGAGGGCUUGAGAGACGUUUGGGUAGGAUGGUGUUCCACCAAGAACGAUGAGGGCUGGUGGCGAUGGAGGAGGAGUUUGCAGGAGAAUGAGCUCAUCGUCCGAAUUGGAGUUAGCCAUCAAGGUCCAGUCGACGCACCCAGGUUUUCAGCGCAAUCUCGGUGCCUCCGCCUCAGCUU